CCUGGACAAUAAUGGUGGUUGUUGACGUUUACACCAUUGGCUGCCGCUGCUCGCUUAGCUCUCGAUUUUUAAGAGACUCUACUUUGACCUCUUCUCACUUGUUUGGUUUCUUCAUCGUCCUCUACUCUACUCUUCUGCAGUCUGCACUGCAGCUGUUCCUGUAAAUCGAGUACAGGAUUUUUGCUCUUUUUCUCUUCUUCAAUGGUCCUCGUAAGAUCUCUGUGUCUCCUUCAGCUCGUUCUAUUUCUGCUCUUCUUUGCUUCGCUCUCCGACGGUAUCGAGCUCACUGAGUCAGAUCGGCUCGAGGUCACCAACAAUACUGCCGUCUCCGAUGCCUCGCUCUCUCAACCUAAAGAAGGCAGUUUCGCUAAAAUCAUCGAUGAUGCUCUUCGGAAGGAGUUCCCUGAGAAUGAACAAAACGACGACGCAACUGAUACCGGAAGCUUCAACAACAGUGUAGCUGAGCAGCAGGCAGUUUUGGAAACUGUUGCCAGAGUUAAACCGAAGAAAAAUGACACGAAAGAGGAAAAGUCGUUUAUUUUCAAAUUGGAUAAUGACAAUGGAGCUGAAGAUACCCCCACACUGAUAGAUAGAAAGGAUAAUGUCUUCAUUAUUUCUAAUUUUAAAUCAAAAUAUCCAGUGUUGCAGUUAGACUUGAGAUUGAUAUCAGAUUUGGUUGUCGUCAUUGUAUCUGCAACUUGUGGUGGCAUUGCGUUUGCCUGUGCUGGACAACCGGUUAUUACUGGAUAUUUGCUAGCGGGUUCUAUUAUUGGGCCUGGAGGGUUCAGUUUUGUCAGUGAAAUGGUGCAAGUUGAGACAGUCGCUCAAUUUGGUGUUAUUUUUCUUCUUUUUGCAUUGGGCCUGGAGUUCUCAACUACAAAACUUCGAGUUGUUCGGGCAGUUGCUGUUUUAGGUGGUCUGCUCCAAAUAGUUUUAUUUAUGUUCCUAUGUGGAAUUACAUCCAUGUUAUGCGGGGGUAAGCCUUCGGAGGGUAUUUUUGUUGGUGCUUUCCUUUCAAUGUCUUCAACAGCAGUGGUUUUGAAGUUUUUGAUGGAAAAGAAUUCUACUAAUUCCCUUCAUGGUCAAGUCACCAUUGGCACCCUCAUUCUGCAGGACUGUGCUGUUGGUUUGCUAUUUGCAUUGCUACCAGUUCUUGGUGGAACUUCUGGUGUUCUUCAAGGUGUAAUAUCCAUGACUAAAUUGUUGGUAUUGUUGAUUGCAUUUUUGGCUGUUUUGUCAAUAUUAUCUCGUACCUGUGUUCCAUGGUUUCUGAAACUGAUGAUGAACCUUUCGUCACAGACCAAUGAGCUCUAUCAACUGGCAUCAGUAGCAUUCUGCUUACUUAUAGCUUGGUGUAGUGAUAAGCUGGGCCUAAGUUUAGAGUUGGGAUCUUUUGCUGCUGGAGUGAUGAUAUCAACAACUGACCUUGCUCAACAUACACUAGAACAAAUAGAACCCAUUCGGAAUUUUUUUGCUGCUUUCUUCCUUGCCAGCAUCGGGAUGCUGAUCCAUGUUCAUUUUCUCUGGAACCAUGUUGAUAUAUUGCUGGCAUCUGUUAUAUUAGUCAUAAUCAUAAAGACAACCAUAAUCACUACUGUUGUUAAAGGAUUUGGUUAUAACAACAAGACUGCAAUGCUUGUUGGAAUGUCACUGGCACAAAUAGGGGAGUUCGCUUUUGUUCUUCUCAGCCGUGCUUCUAAUCUUCAUCUAGUUGAGGGGAAGCUAUACCUACUACUUCUUGGGACAACAGCUCUUAGCCUGGUGAUGACUCCCCUGCUCUUCAAGCUAAUUCCUGCGGUGGCACAUCUUGGGGUGUUGUUACGGUGGUUCCCACCUGAUAGCUCCGUCGAGAUUGGGAUCAAAGGAGAUGGCUUCCGAUCAGACAGCGGUAAGCAGCGGAUUACUCUUAUUGUCCAAGGACCUCAUGACUCGUAAACUCUGUACAUAAAACAUUUCCAAAAGAGUGAACAAUCAAGUUUGUUGGACAAGCAUAUGUUGUGAUCUAGCCUGUUUUCCCCCCGCUGUGCAGAUGGAGUUUUCUACCCUCGCCUGAUGCAAUGUUAGGGUGAAGAAAAUUCUGUUAUAUGUUACUAACCAAACCAUUACCAAAUGAAACCUUGGAAAUGCAAGAAAAAAGAGGAGGUAAUCUAACAGCAGAAAGACUCACAUGAAGCUGCUUUUACUUGUGAUUGAGAUAAUCAUUCAUUCUCUUAUUAUUAGCAUUUUUUACCCUUUGUAUCAUAUUUUAAUCUGGGCUUGUAAUUUAGGAUGAUAGCUAACAACUAGUCAAUUCUUAAUGUUUUCAAUGAAAUUGUAAAAUUAAUUC